AGGCUUAGUAGAUUAUCCAGUAGGGCAAGUCCGGAGGGGUUGAAAUCCUCAUUCUGGAGUACCUCCAGCACAGAUUGCACUGGCAACAUGUCAGGCUUUUCAUAUGCCGUCGUGAAGACAGGUCAACACCAUGAUGCAUCCUCAAGUCUUCAUUUCAGGCCUCAUACUGCUUCUUCCAGGUGCUCUGGGUUCUUACAUAGUAGUGGAAGGUGUGGUGGGUCACUCUGUCACACUACAAUGUACUUACUCAACAAAUGGGGGAGUCGCUACCACAUGCUGGGGACUUGGCGAAUGUAAGCUGUUUUAUUGUGCUAAAACGCUUAUCUGGACCAAUGGAUACUAUGUGACCUAUCAGAAGAGCAACCGAUACCAGCUAAAGGGGCUUAUUUCAGAAGGAAUUGUGUCCUUGACAAUAGAGAAUGCUGUUCAGAGUGACAGUGGUUCAUAUUGUUGUAUAGUGGCAAUUCCUGGAUCUUUCCGUUUUGUGACCUAUUCCUUGAAAGUUAAACCAGAAAUGUCCACAAGUCCUCCAACAAGACCCAAAACUACAGGAAGACCCACAACUACAGGAAGACACACAACUUCAGGAAGACCCACAACUGCAGCAAGACCAACAACUACAGGAAGAUCCACAACUACAGGAAGACCCACAACUACAGGAAGACCCACAACUACAGCAAGACCAACAACUACAGGAAGACCCACAACUACAGGAAGACCCACAACUACAGCAAGACCAACAACUACAGGAAGACCCACAACUACAGGAAGACCCACAACUACAGGAAGCCCCACAACUGUAGGAAGACCCACAACUGCAGGAAGACCCACAACUACAGCCAGACCCACAACUACAGGAAGACCCACAACUGCAGGAAGACCCACAACUGUAGGAAGACCUACAACUGCAGGAAGACCCACAACUACAGGAAGAUCCACAACUGCAGGAAGACCCGUGACGAUUUCAACAAGACCCACACAUGUACCCACAUCACCUCGCAUCUCCACCUCUCCUUCUCCAACACCAACACACAGGCAGACUCACACAGCAGAACCUACUACAUUUUAUCCACAUCAGACAACAGCUGAGGUGACAGAAACCCCAUCCUAUACUCUUGCAGAUUGGAAGAGCACUUUGACAUCCUCAAAGAAUAAUUACACUCUUGCUCUUUCUUCAACAUCUCUCUUUGCAAUGGUAGCAUUCAGUAUCUCUAAGAAUGGAGCUUUGCAAAACAAAGCAGAUGUGCGGUCCAGAGCUGAAGACAGUGUCUACAUAAUUGAAGACAGUCCUUAACCUACUGAAUGAGUCCCAGUGGCCCUCUACAGGCCUUCUGCCUGAGACUGGAAAGACAGCAACCAGAUUGGACAGUGCAAACACCCUUUACAGCUCCAGGGCUAUUUUCUGUGUCGAUUCAUCCAGCAGUGGUGGAGAGGGUGACCCUCAGCUGUUUGUACUCAAACUCACUGUUAACAUCAUCGUA